UAAAAAAAGAUGCUAUGCUAUAUUGAACGUAGUGGUAUGGAAGUACAAACAAACUAAGUGGUUAACUGGAGAUUUUGUAUUCCAAUGAGAGUAAAGAGAGUAGCAAAACUUGGCUUUUCCUUAAAGAUAUCUCUUGAAAUAUCUCCUGAUACAUGGGGUGAUCAGUGUAGACGUGAACACGAAAACUAGACUCUGUACAAUUUCCGUCUGGUCAACAGUGGAUAUUAAGGAAUCAGCUGUACACUAAGAUAAUCGAUGUUGGCAAAGAAGGCAGACAGUGUUCUUAACUGAAUUUAUUGAACCACAGUUGUUCCCUAGAUGCUUUAAAGUGUAAUCAUGACGUCGACGUCACAACUUUCAGAAGAAGAGAUAAACUUCACCAGAUUUUUCUUGCUCAACUUUAAAGUAUCUCCAGACAUUGUGAGGCGAUACUUUGAUGGAGUAUUUCCACCAGCACACUUAUCUCAGACUAUCAACAAUGGUAUGAAAACCAUCAUUCAGUUGAACAAAUCAAAAAUAAUCAAUUCAGCCCAAUUCGAAAUAUUGAGGAGUGUCCUUGGAACCGUAUGGCCUUCCAAUCUUCCUCCGAUGCCUGUGGGAACAAAAUCGACCUGUUCCAAGGACUUUGAUCUGACAAUGAUGAUAUGUCUGCUGCGUAAUCUAGGAGGUUUAGCUAAACCCAUCAAUGGAUGGGAUAAACUUCCACAUCCGAAUGACACGGUACAUGGAGCGGACUUAGCUACACUGAAGUGGCACAGAAAUGAUUUGGCCCAUGCGACAGUCACUUAUAUGGAUUCCAAUGAAUUCAUAGACAAAUGGACUCAAGUUGAAAAGGCAUUAACAUCUUUAAAUAAAGGUCAAAGACCAUACGAGGUCAUAGAAAUCUUAAAGUACGAUCUUGUUGGGGAACAAGCAAAUCUAUUGGCUAACGCAGAACUGAACGAACUGAAAAAAGAAUAUCUGGAUUGUGAAAAGGAAAAAGAACAAAUAGAAAGUGAUUUCUCUUUUUACAGAGAUGGCAAUCUUCCAAAAAACAUUGCAGAUAUGAACACAGAUUUGGUUGAAGCAUGGAUUAAAGAUGAUGAAAGUUUUGUUGAAACACAGGGAUCAAAACUUGUUGACGUCAAAAUAAACGAGUGUAACUGUCUUGUGGUGACAUCAAAUUCAGGUUUAGGUAAGACUGCAACGAUCCGACAUAUUGCAUUAAAACUUAAACAUAAAGAAUUUCAAAUUGUUCCUGUAGAGUCCCUAGAGGAUAUAAUUAAAUACAAAACAAAUAAAAAACAGUUGUUUCUUAUUGAUGAUGUCCUUGGUAAAUACGAUUUAAGUCCAACCCGGCUGGAUGAAUGGGAAAGUAAAAACGAAAAGAUAAUAAGCUGCUUGAACAUAGGAGGAGGUUCAAAGAAAAUAAUGUGUACAUUGAGAUUACAAAUAGCACGCAAUAAAAGAUUUAAAAAUGCAUCGACAAUUUUAAACAAAACAGUUAUAAAUUUACAGCACGAGUCUUGUGUCCUUUCAAAUGAAGAAAAGAAGAAUAUAUUAAUGAAACAUCUUAGAAGAAAUAAUUUGGAAAACAAAAUUACAACAGAAGAAGUUGCAAUAAUGUGUGAAAAAGAUUAUGCAUUUCCUCUUCUUUGCAAAUUAGUUUCAAAUAAUGAGGAAAGAUUCAGAAAAAAACUCGCAUUCUUUAGGCAACCAAUAUCACUUUUAAAGAAGGAACUCAAUAAAAUUAGUAAUGAAAAUAAAAGUUUAUAUUGCAUGUUGGUCCUAUGUAUAUUGUUUAAUGGUUCAUUUAGAAGAAAAAUGUUCGACAUUGACUCAAAUGAAGGUGAUGAGAAAAUAUACAAAAUAAUGCACACUUGUGGACUUCAAAGAAGCAUUUCUAAGAAAGAACUGGAAGAUAGUGCCCUUUCUGCUUUAGGAUCUUAUUUCAAAACGGAUGGUUUUAAUUUCCAGUUUAUUCACGAUGCUCUUGAAGAGACUGUCGGUAUUCACUUCUGUACUUUGUAUCCCGAGGAAAUGUUUGCACACUGUAAUAUCGCUUUUAUAAGAGAUAGAGUCAGAAUGCAUUCAAAUGAAAGCAUAACUGCAAACGUUGAUGAAAAUUUUGUGUAUAUCCGGGAAGAUGAAUUGAAUGAUGAUCAUCUUAAACCAUUAUAUACUAGAUUGUGGGCUGAAUUAAAACUUGAGAGAUUUUCUACUUUGUUAGCUAGUCACCUUUUUAGGAAUAAAAACUUUGUUUGUGAACUUGGAACCUUUUUAAAAAAUAAUAAGGGCAAAUUGAAAUCCAGUAAAUUGCCUAAAUUUGAUAAUGAAAGGCAUAUUUCUUCCAUUAAAAAUAUUUUGCAGAAUCAAUUCCAAAUUAACACAGAUGCGAUUUGUCGAGUUAUAGAGGUUAAAAAGUGGAAUAAUCAGACACUUAUGUACUGGAUUGUGGCUUUCGGUUGUAAUGAAUUCUUUCAAUAUGCAUGGAGCGCAAUGACACCUUCAGAACAAAAGAGUUUACUUAGUCAAACGUAUUCGUUCAGGUUUGCGUCAAAGCCCUUAUUUCCACUAGCUGUUCUUGGUGGUAGCGUAGAUAUAGUAAAAGAACUAAUUCUUACUGGAGCAGACGUUAACUGUUUUUCAGAAUUUUGGGAAACACCUCUAUACAUAGCAGUCACGUUAGAUAACUACGAUAUGGCACGUUUGCUUCUACGCAAUGGAGCAUUAGUUAACCUUCGAGGAUGGUUUGACAUGAAAAUACCAAUUUUAGUUACUUCAAAUAAUCACCAAUUUACCAGUUUGAUUCUUAAGUAUGAUUUGAAUCAGACCAAACUUCAUAAAGCAGUCCGACAGAACGAUAUACAUAUUUUGAGAUCAAAUAUUUCAUCCAAGAUUAUUGAUCGUAAAACAAAGAGCGGAUGGAGUGUCCUACAUUACGCCGUAUUAUUAAAUAAUUUAGAAGCUGUUAAGGUUUUAUUCAAUGACGAAUCGCCACAUAUUGAUGGUUACUCUGUUGAAUAUACCCAAGAUGACCAAAGAGAAGUUUUGUGCAGAAAACCGACACCGAGAGUAAACGAAGUUGACAAUAACGGACUUACUGCUGUCCAUCUAGCAGUUAUAAAUAAUAACAUCGAUAUACUAUCAAUGCUGCUUCGUAAUAAAGCUGAAGUUAAGGUUCGUGAUGAUUUCGAUAAAACACCUUUACAUUACACAACAAGUGAAAGGGCAACAAAACUAUUACUAAAUCAUAGCUCCAAAACCCAGUGCUUGGCAACGAAUCGAAACGUAAACGAGAUGAGAGAGUAUGAAAGAGCACCUCUAUCAGUUUUCAGGACCACAUGUUUUAAUUUCACUUUAAAAACAGCUUUCAGACAUGUUUGUCGUGAAUAUAUAAACAUGCCAGACAGUGCAGGAAAUACACCCUUACAUUCCGUUUUAAACAGUUGCCUUUUAAAAGAGGAACGCAAUCAUCAUGACUGUAUAGAAACAUUGCUAGAGAAUGGAGCAAAUCCUUAUUUAUUCAAUGACAUGUCCAUUUCAGCAUUACAGUUAAUUGAUAGCUGUUGUGAUACAGAUAAAUACAUAAAAAACAGUGCAGAAUAUAAAAAAUCACUUCAGAAGACUCAUAAGGUAUUUGUGUUUGUCUCUUUAGCAUUCACUAUUGGUCUUCUUAUAUGUUCUUUAUGUAUAGAUAGUAAUGUCAGUACAAAUGAGGUCGAUUGUUUUUUUACAGAAUCGUAUAAGAUUGCAUUGGUACAAGGGAUAAGAAUACAAUACUCUCUUAUACUCUCUAUUGUUCCUCUUUGGUUAUUAAUUUUACUAUGGUUUAACAUGAGGGGUUCUACUUAUCGGUUCUUUUUUGUUCUUUUCGUAAUAACAGGAUUUGGGUCGUUUAUAUUAAUUUCUGCAUAUUUUUACCAUGCAUACACAACGUUAUUGUAUAACAAAAAGGCAGAGUGUGUAUACAAAGAUGUUGUUGACAGAAAUGUGCAACUGCCAACAGAAAAGUUCUUACAAUGGGAGAAAUUACUAGGUAUUGAAAUUGCAGAUUGGUCAGAAUAUUAUAUUAUUGUCAGUUUAAAAUGA